CACUGUGAGCGAACGCCCUGGAUUUCUGGAACGCUUGGAGACAGCCAAUCAGGUCGACUCCCUGCUACGUUAGCACAGCUCAGGCAAAACAACAGCCCGUCUCAAUUUGUUUCCUGUUAGCAUUAGCAUUCGCAGCAUAGCCACUGAUCAAACUGAACGUGUACAAUGUCAAAUUAACGAAAGUCUUUAUACGUGGUUGAUACAAUCUUGGUGUGGCGUUAGUGUACGUUUCAAGGGAGAGCUAAUCGGAGCUGUGACGCGGUGUUAGCUGCCAAGCUGCUAGCUAACUGUAGCUAGCAUCAGCAGAGAAAGAUGGGGUCCAUCCUAAGUCGCAGAAUCGCUGGUGUUGAGGAUAUCGAUAUCCAGGCCAACUCGGCCUAUCGAUUUCCCCCGAAAUCUGGGAAUUAUUUUGCGAGCCACUUCUUCAUGGGGGGAGAGAAAUUCGACACACCACAUCCAGAGGGAUACCUUUUUGGAGAAAACACGGACCUCAAUUUUCUUGGAAAUAGGCCAGUGCAGUUCCCAUAUGUGACGCCUGCACCCCACGAGCCUGUGAAAACCCUGAGGAGUCUCGUAAACAUUAGAAAGGACUCUCUGCGUUUGGUCAGAUACAAAGACGACUCUGACACGCCGGUGGAGGAAGGUGGGAAACCAAAGGUUCAGUAUGGUGUGGAGUUCACCUUUGAUGCUGAUGCUCGCGUGGCCAUCACACUCUACUGCCAAGCAUUUGAGGAGUUCUCCAAUGGGAUGGCAGUGUACAAUCCAAAGAAUCCCUCGCUGGUCUCUGAAACUGUGCAUUACAAGCGAGGGGUGAGCCAGCAGUUCUCCAUGCCGUCUUUCAAAAUAGAUUUCAGCGAGUGGAAAGAGGAAGAUCUGAACUUUGACCUCGACCGAGGAGUGUUUCCCAUGGUAAUCCAAGCUGUCGUUGAUGAAGGGGACGAUUGCCUCGGACAUGCUCAUGUGCUGUUGGCAGCCUUUGAAAGACACGUCGACGGCAGUUUCUCCAUCAAGCCUCUGAAGCAGAAGCAGAUUGUGGACCGUGUGAGCUACCUUUUACAGGAGAUCUAUGGGAUUGAGAACAAAAACAACCAAGAAACCAAGCCAUCAGAUGAUGAGAACAGUGACAACAGCAACGAGUGUGUAGUCUGUCUGUCUGACCUGCGAGACACACUCAUCCUGCCCUGCAGACAUCUGUGUCUCUGCAACUCCUGCGCAGACACUCUGCGUUACCAGGCCAACAACUGUCCCAUCUGCAGGCUGCCCUUCAGAGCCUUGCUGCAGAUCAGAGCUGUGAGGAAAAAGCCCGGAGCUCUUUCCCCCGUGUCCUUCAGCCCUGUUCUGGCUCAGACUAUGGACCAUGACGAGCACUCAAGCACAGACUCGGUUCCUCCCGGCUUUGAACCCAUCUCGCUGUUGGAGGCUCUGAACGGUCUGUGCUCAGUGUCUCCUGCUGUCCCAUCUGCCCCCCUCUACGAAGACAUCAACUUCUCAGGGGGUCCGGGCGGUGACGGCCGACAGCUGAGCUCCCCGGAGCAUUUAAGUGAUGGGAGUCUGCAGAAAGGCAAAGUCAGCAAGUCGCCUGACAGCACCCUGAGGUCUCCAUCCUCUCCCAUCCAGGAAGAAGAUGAGGAGAAGCUGUCCGAGAUGUCUGAUGCUCAGCCACACACGCUGCUGUCCAGCAGCCCCGCCCCCACUGACGCCACAGCCGCAGAGGAUGUGGCAGAAUCCCUCUCUCCAGAUGAUGAGGACCGGAUGCAUUCUGGAGGAGACAUCCUACAGGACUGCAGCAGCGAACACAGCAGCUUGACCAAAACAGAGAGCGACCCAGCGGGCGACUUGUCUCUGCAAGCUCUAGGUCCUGAUUCCUGCUCUAUUGGUAUGGCCGAAUAACUCUGGGUCAUCAGAGUCAACAGAAAGCCUGAAAAGUCAGAGCACAAAUUGCUCCAGCCAGCCCCUCCUGUGUCCCACGAGCAGCCUUCAUAUGGAAGAUGAGCACCUCGACCACUGACUGAUCCAGCCUUUACCCUCCCAUCCAUCAGGAGAGAUGUUUGCAUUACAAGGAUCAUCCAGUCUCUCUAUUCCUCCCCCCACCCCCUCCCCAAGCCCAGUCUUCUGCUUCAGUGAUCAGAGCCAGCAACGGCCCCGACAGGAAGUCCACCAGGACGAGGGAGGACUCUGUUUAUUCCAUCAAUUGCUCUUGACAUUAGAAACCAAAUGUGGCUCCUGGAAAGAUGUUCUUGGUACAUUACUCUAUGACUGAUGUUUAAAAAAAGAAAAGAAAAAAAAAAGAUAUUGUUUCCCCAGCUUUGAAAACAUUUCAUUAACUGUCAGAUGGUGUUCAGUCGUGUGUCUCGGCCAGAGUUGUGGUCUAGUAAUGUGGAUUCCAGAGACGUUUCACUACCUGUCAUGGUGGUUUUAAGCACACUUACCGUAAAUUAACUCUGUCUCAAAUGUUUAACACUAAAUUCAGAAGAAUUUAUAAAUACAGUGUGUGUCUAGAUAUUGUAUUCAUCAGUGAAAUACAUUAAUGACGUGAGAACUUAUUUUUACAGUAAUUGUGUGAUUUGGGUUACGAUCAGAAAUUUGACAACAUAUUACGUAUUUAUCUGUGCGUCCAUUUGAAGUGAUUUUGUACUCUGACAAAAUCGUUUAUAAUCCAUUCCUUAUAGCAAGAGUUUAUGAUGAGAUGAGUUUAAGUUGUCUGCAGUCUUAAACAUAUACAUGUCACUUUUUGUUAUUAUUUCUAACGAUGUGAUAUCUAUGUAUCAUAACUGUACUAGAAUCCUGUGUACUUACAAAAUGUAUACUUGCAUACUACAUAGAAGAAAAAAGAUCCUUAUAUUGAAAUAAUGGAACUAACAGCUAAACUCAAAGAUAGCUAAAGCCUGCAACAAGCAUAGAUGCUCCAGCUACAUGUAUGCCGACUCACUUUGGCACAGUAAGUGUGCUUGUCGUAGAUGUGGCAGAUCUCUGUACAGUCUUUUCGUGGCAAUGCCAGUGUCUGCUUAUGUGAUGUCGCUGCAACAAAAAAAAAAAAGGGGUCCGGUGUUUGUGUGGCUGCAACACUUUGACAUAAUUUGGUCCUGUGUGUGUGUGUAGCGCCAUGCAUAUAGAUCUAUGUGCCUUGAAUUAAUAUGGCUGCCUGCUUGUUGCAUUGGACAUUAGUGUUCUUAGAAAUGCUACAAUAUACAAACGUUGUCAGACCGUAGACAGGAUUUUUGAUGCUAAUGUACAGAGCCUCUUUUUCUAUCGCAAACCUGGACAAAUGUAUCUCGUUAUUGUUUAUUGCAAUAUGAAAUUCAACUGUUUGUUUACUAUGUUAUAGCCAUGUAUCAAUUAUGCAUUUAAUCUUAAUAUUUAGGUUCAAGCGGAUUCUAUUAAUGUACGUUUGAUUGGCAGGAACACCAUUCAAUGCAAUAAGUGCAAACUUUGCAUUUUAAUAAUUGGGCUAGGAUUUGCAUGUGAAUUUGUAGAGGCUUAAACCUCGCACUGCUUUUAUGUAACAUGGUUGAUUUGUCUUUCCCCACUCCUCCUCUGUGCCAUUUCAACUUGACACUGUGCCUUCCUGUUCCUGUUCUGACCACUACCUGGUAUCCAGGAUAACUCCACAGCAGGUGGUUUGUGGCUCUCUGUAAACUCAAUACCUGUCUUUCCUCGUGUGUAUAGAAGCAUGUGUAUAACAAUAAAGAACAGAUUAAACAUUUGAA